ACUUAAUUGGAAGCUUGAAAGCAUGUCUGGUAAAGAUCCAAAAAAGGGAAAAAUGAAAGAAGUCAAGAAAGAGACAGGUCUUGGUCUCUCUUACAAAAAGGAUGAAAAUUUUGGAGAGUGGUAUUCUGAGGUUGUCGUUAGUGGUGAAAUGAUCGAGUACUAUGACAUAUCUGGCUGUUAUAUUCUACGGCCAUGGUCAAUGUCUAUCUGGGAGAUAUUGCAUGGUUUUUUCGAUGCCGAAAUUAAGAAAAUGAAGAUAAAGAACUCCUACUUUCCUCUGUUUGUGUCCCCUGCUGUUCUUCAAAAGGAAAAGGACCACAUAGAGGGAUUUGCACCUGAGGUUGCUUGGGUUACAAAAUCUGGUGAUUCUGAUUUGGAAGUACCCAUUGCGAUUCGACCCACUAGUGAAACAGUAAUGUAUCCUUAUUUCUCUAAGUGGAUAAGGGGACAUCGUGACUUGCCCUUGAGACUCAACCAAUGGUGCAAUGUCGUGCGAUGGGAGUUUAGCAACCCCACCCCCUUCAUCAGGAGUCGUGAAUUUCUCUGGCAAGAAGGGCACACUGCUUUUGCAACAAAGGAGGAAUCGGAUGCAGAGGUUCUAGAAAUCUUGGAAUUGUAUAGACGUAUAUAUGAAGAACUUUUAGCUGUUCCGGUCAGUAAGGGAAAGAAAAGUGAGCUUGAGAAGUUCGCUGGUGGACUAUAUACGACUACAGUUGAGGCUUUUAUCCCUAAUACUGGCCGUGGUAUCCAAGGUGCAACUUCUCAUUGUUUAGGGCAGAAUUUUGCAAGAAUUUUCGAGAUAAAUUUUGAAAAUGAAAAGGGAGAGAAGGCUAUGGUCUGGCAGAACUCAUGGGGCUUUACUACAAGAACAAUUGGUGUUAUGAUCAUGGUUCAUGGGGAUGACAAAGGUCUGGUCUUACCUCCUAAAGUAGCAUCAACUCAAGUAGUUGUUAUUCCUGUACCAUACAAGGAUGCAAAUACUCAAGGGAUCUAUGAUGCUUGUGCUGCUACCGUUAGAGAGAUGAAUGAAUCAGGUAUUCGUGCUGAGGCAGACUUCAGAGACAACUAUUCACCUGGCUGGAAAUAUUCUCAUUGGGAAAUGAAGGGGGUUCCUCUUAGGAUUGAAAUAGGACCAAAAGACCUUGCAAAUAACCAGGUACGAGCUGUUCGACGUGACAACGGAGCCAAAACAGAUAUUCCCAUGGCCAAUCUUGCUGACCAAGUAAAAGAUGUGCUUGCCACUAUCCAACAAAAUCUGUUUGAUGUUGCCAAGCAAAAGAGAGAUGCAUGUGUUCAGAUUGUAAGAACCUGGGAUGAAUUUACGGUAGCACUGGGCCAAAAGAAAUUGGUCUUGGCUCCUUGGUGUGAUGAGGAGGCUGUUGAGAAAGAUGUCAAGGCACGCACAAAGGGCGAGAUGGGUGCAGCAAAGACGCUUUGCUCCCCGUUUGACCAGCCUGAGCUGCCUGAAGGUACAUUGUGCUUCGUGUCGGGUAAACCUGCUAAGAAGUGGACAUACUGGGGCCGUAGCUAUUGAUGUUCCGUUCCACAAGGACCCUCACAGUACACUUUGCUCUUUAGAAUAAAAUUCAGUUAUAUACAUCUUCAUCAUGACGAUUAUAACUUCUAUGAAUUUCAUUAAACUCAAAUACAUCACUAUAUUCGGAUCUCUGAAUUAAAUAAAUAAAAAAAGGA